AUGGAUGCUACUUAUAAUAAUCUCGCAAUAUAUCUCGCAGAAAAGAUGUCAAGUCAUCCAUCCCACGACCGAUUCCUUGUCGCUAUUGCUGGAAUACCGGGUGCAGGGAAGUCUACUUUAGCAAAAACUCUUGUUGAACGUGUAAAUGAACUUAUGGGAAAAAAUGUUGCUGUAGUGGUACCAAUGGAUGGGUAUCAUUAUCCCAAGAAAACGUUAGAUACAUUUCCAGAACCUACAGAAGCCCAUGCCCGGAGAGGUGCACAUUGGACGUUUGAUGCUCAAGGUCUUCUUACUUUGGUAGAAGCUCUCCGGCGUCCUAUUGAUGACGGUCAAAUAAUAACUGCACCAUCGUUCGAUCAUUGUAAAGGUGAUCCUGUCGAAAAUGACAUUAAAAUAUCACCAAGUCACAAAUUGGUGAUAAUGGAAGGACUUUACCUCCAUUUGAAAGAACCUCCAAUUUGGAGAUCAAUUGCAUCACAUAUGGAUGAGCUAUGGUUUCUACAUAUAGAUCAUGAAAUUGCAAAGAAAAGAACGAUCAAGAGGCACAUUCAAAGUCGCAUUGCUGAAACUGAAGAACAGGCAAUUUUUAGAGUAGAAAAUAAUGAUAUGGUGAAUGCUAAUUAUAUUUUAGAAAACAGUUUGACGCCAACUCGUACAGUAAUUGUCGUUGAUGAGCCUGCUCAUACUAUUUGA